GGCGGGGCAGGGCCGGAGGCUGGGGUGCCGCCUCCUCUGCAACACCGGGGCCGGAGUCUUAGAACCCAGGGCCCGUAGGGGUCCCCGCGGCUGCCGCGAUGCAGAAAUACGAGAAACUCGAGAAGAUUGGGGAAGGCACCUAUGGAACAGUAUUCAAGGCCAAAAACCGAGAGACCCAUGAGAUUGUGGCUCUGAAACGGGUGAGGCUGGAUGACGAUGAUGAGGGAGUGCCGAGCUCAGCCCUUCGGGAAAUCUGCCUACUCAAAGAGCUGAAGCACAAGAACAUCGUCAGGCUUCAUGACGUCCUGCAUAGCGACAAGAAGCUGACUUUGGUUUUUGAGUUCUGUGACCAGGACCUUAAGAAGUAUUUCGACAGCUGCAAUGGUGACCUAGAUCCUGAAAUUGUAAAGUCCUUCCUCUUCCAGCUGCUGAAAGGCCUGGGAUUCUGUCACAGCCGCAAUGUACUGCACAGGGACCUGAAGCCCCAGAACCUGCUGAUAAACAGGAACGGGGAGCUGAAAUUGGCCGAUUUUGGCUUGGCUCGAGCCUUUGGGAUCCCAGUUCGCUGUUACUCAGCUGAGGUGGUCACGCUGUGGUACCGCCCACCGGAUGUCCUCUUUGGGGCCAAGCUGUACUCCACAUCCAUCGACAUGUGGUCGGCCGGCUGCAUCUUUGCAGAGCUGGCCAACGCGGGGCGGCCUCUUUUCCCGGGCAAUGACGUAGACGACCAGUUGAAGAGAAUCUUCCGACUUCUGGGGACACCAACCGAGGAGCAGUGGCCUGCCAUGACCAAGCUGCCAGACUAUAAGCCCUACCCGAUGUACCCGGCCACAACGUCCCUGGUGAAUGUCGUACCCAAGCUCAAUGCCACAGGGAGGGACCUUCUACAGAACCUCCUGAAAUGUAACCCCGUCCAGCGCAUCUCGGCAGAGGAAGCCCUGCAACACCCCUACUUCUCCGACUUCUGCCCCCCGUAGGCUCCAGGACCUUGGCCGGGCUGGGGCCUGGCCUAUUUAAGCCCCCUCCCGGGAGGGGAGGAAAAGCCGGGGGUGCACGGGGUGCUGAGCUCCAGCUGUGCUGGGCCCGGCCGGGGUGGGGGUGCCCCGGCCCGUGUUCUUCGCUCCCUCCGUGGACUUUAUUUAAUUUCAUAAAUUGGCUCCUUUCCCACA